AUGAAGGCGCUUAGAGCUGGGUCGAAGGAGGCCGCCUCCUGUCCGGCCAUCAUCUCUGUUGCGGGAGCCACGGUGGAUCUCCCCCCCGAACAGUGGAGGCUGCUCGCAGAGGAUAAGCAUCCUCUCACGGCCCGUCUGUUCGACUUUAUCACCGGGGACGUGGUCGACAAGAAGAGCUCGAACGCGAGCAUGCUCAUUAUGCUACACCCCGACCACUUGUCGCUUGACGGCGACGAGUGGAACACGCGGUUCGUUCGCGUUGCUAUUCCCACUGGUGGUGCGGAACACGUCACCGCGGCUGAUGCGAUUGUGGAGUGGUUUCAGGGUCGCGUCGACGAGGAUUUUGCGCGCGGCUCCAUUCAGUGCACCCGCUCCCGCCAGCUUAAGGAUCCCGAGCGUCUGUUGGAUCUGGACGCGAUGUCAUUCCGCGGCUCAUGCGGCAACAUCGCUUGUCUGUUCGCGUUCGACAAGAUCAUUGCCCAGUUGGACGCGGUCGCUGCCAGUGGAUCCGGGCCGCAAUUCUCGAGGCCAACCGCGAAGACUCUGAAUGCACUGAGGCAUGAGGCGUACCAAACCGCCGAAGAGCUCGCGUUCAACUUGAGCGUGGAUAUGACGCGACCCAUGCACGGCGGUGAGGCUGAAGGGGCUGAAACGGGGAAGGUGCAGAAAGUGGCUACGGGUGCGCAGGUUGCUGACCAUGGUGUUCUCGCUCUCACAGGUGCCGCUGGUGUUUCGAACCGCGGAGGUGCUCGAGGGGGGACGGUGGUCCACGCUGAUGACGACGUGGCCGAGGAUACCGCGACAAAGGGUGCAACCCGCGAUGAGGCUGACCUCGCUGUUGCGCGUGAGGGGGAGGAGUCGAGCGAGGAGGAGGCGGAGGCACAUGUGGUAGCGGCCGCGGCAUCCAGUAGGCCCACUACAUCCGGCAAGAGCAUCAAGCACCUCGCGCAGCACUUGGCCCCCGGUGCUGGAAGCGCGGGCCCGAGUGGUGAGGUCGCGGGCAAGAGUCCCGUGACAGGUCCGCGUGAUCACGCAUCCCUGUCCUCGUUGCCAUCGCAUAAGCUUGCUGCCGAGAUCCUGCAGCUCGACUGCAGGCUUGCAGCGCUGGCCGAAGAGAACGCACAGCUGAAGAAACGCCAGGAGUCGGGGGUUGGUGGGGUCGCGGUCGUGGGCUCUCACGAGCUUGCGUCCGCGCUUGAUAAUGCGGUUCGGGUGUUGAAGGAAGAGGCGAGGGCGAUCGCGCAGGAAAGAGCGGCACUGGUCGAUACGCGUAACCAGGAGGCGUUGGUGCUGGGGAGAGUGGACGCGAGGCUGGGACAGCUGCAGGGGGUGGUGACAGACUCCAUGGAAGCCGCUCAGAAGAAGCUGACGGACGAGGUUGCGCGGAAGAUCGACAACAUGUCGACCGCGGAGCCCCCCCCGCCGCGCACGGAUAAUGAAGGAGCGGCCGCGACGGAGAUUGCCGAGAUCGGGGAUGCAGAGCAUGGAAAGCGGGCAGCGGUUGCAAAGGCGGAGAAUCAAAGGGGGGCGAAGAGGCAGAGAGGUUCCCAGGCAGCGGCCGCGGUGCGCAAUCCGAGCGUGCAGGACAUGCUGAAGCAGAAGUGGGGCGCUGCAUCGCGAGGUCCAGCACCGCCUGGUCAACCGGGCUCGAGCUCGCGCUCCAUCCCACAUGGAGAAGCUGCACCCAAACCACCGGGCCCUGCCGGGGCAACCGCGACAGUGACAAGUACUGUGGGUCGGGGCAAGGGUAAGUCGGAGGAUGGAGAGGCGCCGGCUGCUGCGGCAGAGGGUAGGCAGACCACGCUCGCACCCGCUCGUGCUGCAAUCGCCGCGGGACAUCUGCACAGCGCACUGGCAUCUGGAGGUCCUAUCGCGGCCUCGGUCGAGGGCAAGGCGGAAAAACGCGGACGGGGUGGCAAGAAGUUGCCCACUCCACCCGUGUACACGAUCGACGAGGACGAUGCGGAUGAGGAGCUGGAGGGUCUCGUGAGCAGGUGGGUCGAGGCGGGCGAUGGAGGAGAGAAGGAUGGGGAGGCCGCGGUCGACAUUUAUAGCGCCGGAGAGAGCGCGGACGAGCAAGACGGAGACGCCGUGAUCGUGGAAGGUGGCACAACGGGAGGACAUGGUGACACCGCCCCCAAGCGCAAGGGCUGCGGCAUCCGCGCUCCACCCAGGGGCGGGCCCGGAUUGGUUUCUGAACCCCAUCUAGGGGGGAAGAAGCGAUGGCUCGGACACGGCGACCUCAAAGACCUGCAGUACAAGACCGCGAUCGCGAUGUAUCCCUACGACGGGAAGGUCGACCCCGGGCUGAAUUUGAGCCAGAAGCAGAUCCGAGAAUGGGCCGCGGACCUGUCCAUCGCCGAGGGGUUACAUACGGGCCUCUUAAUCACCAUGCACUACCGCAACCUCGUGGCAAGCAAGGACAGGUGGCACCGCAUGUUCGAUUCCUAUCGCGGGCUUACCAAGCCCGGAAUGCACACCACCAACGUGAUUGCAUGGGCCGCGGUGGUAGGCAAGGAGGCUGCAUCAGAAGAAGCGGAUCUCGGCGACGUGGAGCCGACGGACUACGCGGGAGCGAUCGCAUGCGCCAUUGCAAUGGUGUGGGAGGUCACUCGCGGUUCUAACGUCACUGCCGCGGCGGAUAAUGGAAACCUGGCUGCGCGUGCAGCAGGUUGCUAUGGAGAGCGAAGCCGUCUCUUCCCCGUAGUAUCCGCGUACGUCAUCAAUGCGGUGCGGAAGCGCAAUAGCCGCGAGGAAGAUGAGCCACAGGCUGUCCCAGACCCGAAGGCGGUCGCCGCCGCGAUCGUGUCCGGAGUCGUGAACGAGGUCAUUGCAAAGUCUCGCGAUCUCAGGCACAUCGAGUUGGCCGCCCGCGAAACGGUGGACGUUAUCAUCACCUGGUGCGACUGCUCGGUGGCAGGGAAGCAGAUGGAGUCCUUGGGUUUGUACCUUGCCCUGCCAAAGGAUCGUCUGAAGAAGCGCACUUGA